AUGGCACCAUUAGGGGGCGACAAUGGGGACCGAGGGGAUCGGCGGGAGAGAAGAAGGAGGAAACAUAAGGAAAUUUGGCUGGCGCCUAAACGGCGACAACAAAUGAAAGCAGCAACAAUGGCGGGCAGCGCUAUGAGCGACCCGAAGGCUUGGCAGACUUUUUUGAUCGGAAAGUACUGGAACGAGGAACUUGAACGUAGCGCCAAAAGAUCGCGGAAAAAAACUGCUGUCAUUACACCAUUUGACCUUUUCGAAUACAAUGUCAUGACUUUUAGUCUUAAAAGCGCUGCUCAAAUUUUCCAGAGAUUCAUGGACAUCGUACUCCGAGGUUUAGAUUUUUUUUUCUGUUGCAUAGAUGAUGUGCUGAUAGCUUCGGCCAAUGAAUUGGAGCACAAAGAACAUUUGAAACAGGUAUUCAAUAGGUUGAAGCAAUAUGGCAUUUCUAUCAAUUUAAGCAAAUGCGUCUUUGGAACUCCAUCGGUACGGUACUUGGGGUACCGGAGUAAUUCUAGGGGAGCCAGUCCGAUACCAGAAAAAGUGGAGAACAUAAUAAAUUAUCUUAAACCUUGGAAAACGGACACUUCUGAGUCGGCUAGUGGAGCAGUACUCCAACAAAAGCUGACUGGAAUAUGGGAACCUCUCGGAAAAAAUUUACUCCACAGGAACAGCGAUACAACGGACCACAAACCUCUGACUUACGCGUUCCAACAAAAAUCCGAUAAAGCUUCACCGAGACAAUUACAACUUGACUACAUUGGACAGUUUACAACAGAUAUAACCCAUAUUCCAGGAUCUGCUAAUGAGGUGGUUGAUGCCUUGUCACGGCUGGACGUGAUUAGUCUGCCAGUCGUGGUAAGCACACAGCAGCUAGCCGAACAUCAGAAAACAGAUACAGAAUUAACACAGCUAUUACAGGGUAAUACAUCGUUAGAACUGAAAAAAUUAAGACUGGACGAUACAGUCGAGACUGUGUACUGUGACAUUUCAGGGGAACGUUUUAAGCACGUUCACAUAGACAUUGUAGGUCCUUUACUGCCAAUAGAUGGUUAUAGAUAUUGCCUAACCAUAAUCGACAGGUCCUCGAGGUGGCCUGAGGCGGUUCCCAUUAAGAACAUGGCAGCGAGUACUGUUGCGAAAGCGUUUUGUGAUGCAUGGAUCAACAAAUUUGGAGCUCCAGCUACAGUUGCAACAGACAAAGGAUCCCAGUUUGAAGAAACAGUUUUCAGGGAGCUUACAAAUUUAAUAGGCUGUAAGCAUAUUCAUACAAAACGGCAUACCACCCAGCCUCAAAUAGCAUGGUGGAAAGAUGGCACCGUUCUCUGA